AUGAUCGCUGCGUAUCUCUUCUUUGUCCUCGCUAUCUCUGCAGCGGCGGAAACGAUAACUGCUGUGACGAAUUGCUACAUUGACGAGGGCUCUCUCUUCUGCAUGGGCCCAAGCUCAUCAGAGUACUACGUCCAUACUACCGUCACCAAUACCGAAGAAUAUCCUGCCCAACUCACGAGCUGCCACAGCCAUGGUGAAGAAACUUACUGUAUGUCUGAAGACGGCAAAGUUCCCAUCUUCCCAGCCGCAGCUGUCGAAACGGGUAAACCAGACACUCAGCAAGAACACUGCCAUUAUCACGCCGGCGUCGAGCACUGCGUUGGCGGUGGCGGUACGCGAGACUGCGGUCGUAAAGACAAACCCUACAAGAUUGGCAUUCGCGUAGGAAUGCUGUUCGUUGUUCUGGCCGCCAGCUGUGUUGGUGUUUUUGGGCCGAUUCUCAUGUCUACUUUCGCCCCCGUGCGAUCCAACCUUGUACUCACGAUUCUCAAACAAUUCGGUACUGGAAUUGUUGUCUCCACUGCGUUUUCCCACUUGUUCACCCAUGCGUUUAUGAUGCUUGGUAACGAGUGUGUGGGCGACCUGCAAUACGAAGGUACCACUGCUGCCAUCGUCAUGGCUGGCCUCUUCAUUUCGUUCCUUGUCGAGCUCUGUGCGGUGCGCGCUUUGCGACGGCAGUCGACCGAGAAGACCGACAUCGACUCGGCUUCCUUGUCGCCCAAGGCUAUGGAGAAAGCCGAGAUGGCCAACAUUAGCAUCAUGGAAGCUGGUAUCAUCUUCCACUCGCUACGUACGUCCAUCACUCUCUUCCUACAUACCCCAACUAACGUCUCAGUCAUUGGUAUCACACUUGUUGCAGCCGGAGACAAGUUUUUCAUAACACUUACCAUUGUCAUCAUAUUCCAUCAGCUCUUCGAAGGUAUCGCCCUCGGCACACGAAUUGCCUCGCUUGGCUAUGGUAAUAUUUAUACACCCCUCGUCCUAAGUCACUCUCAUUCUCACUCCACACCUCCUCCAAUUGUUGAAAGAACCGGAACAUCUACUGUCCCACUGUGGAAGAAACUCGUCCUUGCUUCUGGCUUCGCCAUCGUCACACCUGUCGGCAUGGCCAUUGGUAUCGGUGUUCUGAAAGUCUUCAACGGAAACGACCCCGCUACGUUGAUCGCGAUUGGUACCCUGGACGCUUUGUCCGCUGGUAUCCUCGUCUGGGUUGGUCUGGUUGAGAUGUUGGCUCACGACUGGAUGCUGGGAGGUGAACUCGCUGAUGCCAGCCUCCGUACUACGCUUUUGGCUCUAUUUGCUUUGGUUGGCGGCAUAGUUCUCAUGAGCUUGCUCGGAAAGUGGGCUUAA